AGUUCUCUUGGGCGGCUGAGGCGCGGGCCGCCCUUGCUGACAGCGCACCUGCUGCUUUGCUUGGGAAGAAUCCAUUUUUCCAUCCAUCUGUAAUGUAGAAGCUAAGUCAGAAAUAAGAUGAAACCAUCGAAGCAGUUAGCUACUAGCAGCAACACACUGCCAAGUGCUUCAGAACCAGCUAAUAAGAAGGGACAACUGAAUUCAUCUCCACAACCAAAAGAAAAAUGCAGUGAAAAAUUAGUAGAUAAUAAAAUUGAACCAAUGGCCUUAAGAGCUCCACCACUGACAACUGAAUCCCUCACACAGUACGCUUUGCCUGCUCCAUUAAAUAAGACGAAACAAUUUGUCAUGAAGGAUGAAAGGAUCAAGGCAGCUGCUAAACACCUGGAGAUGCUUGUUUCUAGUUUGGAAGAAACCUAUGGGACUCGCAAUAAGAAAGGAGGAAAAGCAGCAAUGAAGUCUGAUAAUGAAGAAUUAAAUUUGUCUGUCGGGGAUGACAUGAAUUUGUUCUUGCAACGUUGUUCACAGUUGGCAACUCAACUCGAAGAUGCAGUUAGGGAAGAACACAAUGUUUUGGACACUGUUUUUAAGUGGUUUCAGCAACAGGUCAAUCAGAUGGAGGAGAUAAGUAAAGAUCAAACUCCUCUGGAAGAACUCUUAGCACCUGAUCCAACAGUCAGUUCAAACAUUACACAAACAUUAAGGCACGAGCAGAAAUUGGAAGAAUUGAGAAAUCGUCUUCAACAGGUUUCUGAAUUUCUGUGA